GGUAUUCAGUAAAACAUAAAACACACACAACAAUACACAGGAAGAUGAAAACAGUAGUUGUGAACUGUGAAAGCAAGCCACAUGUGGUGUUCAUACCGUUUCCAGCACAAAGCCACAUCAAGUGUAUGCUUAAACUAGCAAGGCUACUGCAUCACAAGGGCCUCCACAUAACCUUCGUCAACACAGUAUUUAACCACAAGCGGUUACUCAACUCCGGUGGACCAGACUGCCUCGAUGGUGCACCAGGGUUCCAGUUCGAAACCAUUCCUGAUGGUCUUCCUUAUGACCCUGAUAACAGCAACGUGGAUGUCCCUCAAGACAUAGGUGAACUCUGUAAUUCUAUUCUAACCAACUGUUUGGCUCCCUUUCUUGACCUUGUGGUGAGGUUAGAUAGUCCGGUUACUUGUAUUAUAUCGGAUGGGCUCAUGCCUUUCACCAUUGAUGCUGCUGAGAAGCUUAGGAUCCCAAUCAUGCAUUUCUGGACCGUUGCUGCUUGUGCUUUCAUGGCGUUUCGUGAAGGUCCGAAUCUAGUUGAAAAAGGAGUUAUCCCACUUAAAGAUGAAAGUUGCUUCACAAAUGGGUAUCUUGACACCUUAAUAGAUUGGAUUCCGGGAAUGGAAGGAUUUUGUUUAAAGGAUUUUCCAAGUUACGUACGAACCAUAGACCCAAAUGAAUCGGGCUAUAACAUUGUUAUAAAGUCUGCUGAGACAACUCGGAAGGCUUCACAUAUAAUCCUCCACACGUUUGAAGAGUUGGAGUCCACUAUCAUUAAAGCCCUCAAAGAUUACUUUCCUAAUCUCUACACGGUUGGGCCAUUGCAAUUACUUCUGAAUAAGACGGAAAAUGACGAAGAAACAAAAAAUCUUGAUAUUAAAAGCUAUAGUCUGUGGAAGGAAGAACCUGAAUGUAUUAAAUGGCUAGAAAUGAGGGAACCAAAUUCAGUGAUUUAUGUAAAUUUUGGAAGCAUAACAGUCAUGUCGUUACAAGAAUUGCUAGAAUUUGGUUGGGGUCUUGCUAAUAGUAAUCAUUAUUUUAUUUGGAUCAUAAGACCCGAUUUGGUUAUAGGAGAGUCUGCUAUUUUGCCUGUAGAAUUCAAAGAGGUGAUUGAAAAGAGAGGCUUUAUCGCAAGCUGGUGUCCACAAGAAGAAGUUUUAAACCACCCUUCGGUUGGUGGGUUCUUGACACACUGUGGGUGGGGUUCAAUCAUUGAAAGCUUAUCGGCUGGUGUCCCUAUGAUAUGUUGGCCUUUUUACGGGGACCAACUUACUAAUUGUAGGCAAAUGUGCAAGGAAUGGGAUGUUGGCAUGGAGAUUGGGAGUAAUGUAAAGAGGGAUAACGUUGAGAAGCUCGUGAGAAAAUUGAUGGGAGGAAUUGAAGGGAAACGAAUCAGGAACAAGGCUAUGGAAUGGAAGAGAAUAACAGAAAUUGCAACGAGUCCGAAAGGUUCAUCUUUAUUGGAUAUUGAAAAACUUGUUGAUGACAUUAAUGCGUUUUCAAGAAAUUAGAUUUGCUUUCCUAUGUUGUAUUUUUUUUAAUCUAGAUCCUUGAUAGAGUCGUGCUUAAUUUAUGGUGUUUCUUCAAUAAUUUGUUUCUUCUCAUAACAUAAGCAAUAAUAAGAGCAUUGUUGUAAGAUGAACAACACAAAUUCUAUUUA